AUGUCUGAGGCGUUGAGGAAAACAAACACAACAACAACAACAAAAGGCAAAGACAAGCUCUACACCGCUUACAAGCCGGGGAGUAAAUGUCAGAUCGUCCAGAAUUACCUCGAGGCGAGCCGGAGGCUUCCGAAGCUCCUGAACAACGAGGGGUCCCUGCUGGCCUACUCGGGCUACGGAGACACCGACGCCAGGGUGACCGCCGCCAUCGCCAGCAACAUCUGGGUGGCCUACGACAAGAACGGGCACCAGGCCUUCAACGAGGACAACCUCAAGUUCAUCCUGAUGGACUGCAUGGAGGGACGCGUGGCCAUCACGCGCGUGGCCAACCUCCUGCUGUGCAUGUACGCGAAGGAGACGGUCGGGUUCGGGAUGCUGAAAGCCAAGGCGCAGGCACUGGUCCAGUACCUGGAGGAGCCGCUGACGCAGGUGGCCGCAUCCUGACCCCCGGGAGCAAGGAGCUGACGGGCUCGCGGGGGAAACACCGGGCCACGGCUGAGAGCUCCGACACCUCCGGCAGCGUGGCGGGGAGCCCCGGGGCUUGGCCGGCCGCUUGCUGCGGAGGGGACCAAGGAAGGGGGAAUAAAAACGUGUCUGGUGCUCGUG